AUGGAUGCAUCCAAAGCUCUUGUGUCCUUAGUCUUGUUUAUCGCAGCUACAACAAUUCCGAGUUUCCAUGCCUUCGACCCUGACUCGCUUCAGGACUUAUGCGUCGCUGACACUUACAAAGGGAUAAAAGUGAAUGGAUUCCCAUGCAAGGAGGACUCCAACAUAACAGCCUCAGACUUCUUCUUCGCUGGACUAGCAACCCCCGCCCCCAUCAACAACUCCGUUGGGUUCGCCGUCACGCAAGCCAAUGUUGACAGCCUCCCCGGCCUCAACACCCUCGGCAUUUCCCUCAACCGUGUCGAAUACUCGCCAAACAGUGGUCUAGUUCCUCCCCACACGCACCCACGCGUCACCGAGAUCAUCUUCGUCCUUGAAGGCCAACUCGAUGUUGGAUUCAUAACCACUGCCAACAAACUUAUUUCCAAGACCAUAAAAAAAGGUGAAGUCUUUGUCUUCCCCAUAGGCCUACUCCAUUACCAGCAGAACAACAAGGAUAAACCUGCUUCCGCUGUCGUGGCCUUCAACAGCCAGCUGCCCGGAAUAUUGGUUGUUGCACCCGCCUUGUUUUCCUCCUCUCCAGCCAUCGACAAUGACGUUCUUGCUAGAACUUUCCAGAUUGGGACUGAUAAGGUGGCAGAGAGAUUAAAUCAAGGUUUUCUCCGUGCUAAGAAGAUAAGUGAGACCACCGUUUAUAUGUAUUAG